UGCAUCGGCAGGCACUCAUCUCACUCAAUCUUGCACACUCACUUAGUGAAGGGAGAGAGGUGAGAAGAGUAGUAGGAGAAAGAGGGACAAUGGAGAGGAGAUCAGUAGUGUAUGAUGCUGAAGCAGUUGAUGCUGAUCAUGAGAGGCAAGGGACGGUGUGGACGGCGACGUCGCACAUCGUGGCGGCGGUGGUGGGCUCCGGCGUGCUGGCGCUGGCGUGGACGGUGGCGCAGCUGGGCUGGGUGGUGGGCCCACUCGUCCUCGUCGGCUUCUCCUGCGUCACCUACUACACCUCCACCCUCCUCGCCAAUUGCUACCGCUACCCCGACCCCGUCACCGGCACCGCCAACCGCGAGUACAUCGACGCCGUCCGAUGCUACCUAGGCCCGAAGAACGUGAUGCUGUGUGGGUGCGCGCAGUAUGUCAACCUUUGGGGUACACUCGUCGGGUACACCAUAACGGCGAGCGCAAGCAUGAUAGCGGUGAAGAGGGUGAACUGCUUCCACCGGGAGGGGUACGGCGCCGGCGACUGCGGCGCCUCCGGGAGCACGUACAUGGUGGUGUUCGGCCUCUUCCAGCUCCUCCUCUCGCAGCUCCCCAGCCUCCACAACAUCGCGUGGCUGUCCGUCGUCGCCGUCGCCACCUCCUUCGGCUACUCCUUCAUCAGCCUCGGCCUCUGCGCCGCCAAGUGGGCCUCCCACGGCGACGUCCGCGGCACCCUCGCCGGCGCCGCCGUCGAUGUCCCCAGGGAGAAGGCCUUCAACGUGCUCCUGGCCCUCGGCAACAUGGCCUUCUCCUACACCUUCGCCGACGUGCUCAUCGAGAUCCAGGACACGCUCCGCUCGCCGCCGGCGGAGAACAAGACCAUGAAGAGGGCGUCGCUGUACGGCCUCUCCAUGACCACCGUCUUCUACCUCCUCCUCGGCUGCACCGGCUACGCCGCCUUCGGCAACGACGCGCCGGGCAACAUCCUCACCGGCUUCGCCUUCUACGAGCCCUUCUGGCUCGUCGACCUCGCCAACAUCUGCGUCAUCGUGCACCUCAUCGGCGCCUACCAGGUGUUCGCGCAGCCGAUCUUCGCGAGGCUGGAGAGCUACGUGGCGUGCCAGUGGCCGGACGCCAAGUUCAUCAACGCGACCUACUACGUGCGGCUGCCGGGGAGGUGGUGGCCGGCGACGACGGUGGCGGUGGCGCCGCUGAAGCUGGUGCUGAGGACCAUCCUCAUCAUGUUCACCACGCUGGUGGCGAUGCUGCUGCCCUUCUUCAACGCCGUGCUGGGCCUCAUCGGCGCCCUUGGCUUCUGGCCGCUCUCCGUCUACUUCCCGGUCAGCAUGCACGUCGCCCGCCUCGGCAUCCGCCGCGGCGAGCUCCGGUGGUGGUCGCUGCAGGCCAUGAGCUUCGUCUGCCUCCUCAUCUCCAUCGCCGCCAGCAUCGGCUCCGUGCAGGACAUCGUCCACAACCUCAAAGCAGCUGCACCCUUCAAGACUGUCAACUGAUCGAUCACCACUGCUUGCUUGCUUGCUUAAUCAUUCAGUUAAUGAUGGUUUAGUUAUUGUUAACUGAGCAUCGAUCAUCUCGUUUUGCUUCUCCCUUUUUUGUUUUAAUUUUUGGUGAAUGAUUGAUUGAUCUCAAAUGUACUGAGGUUGAUUUUUGUUUUCUCUUCUUGCUGCUGGCUGAUUUGGGCUUAAUUUGGGUUUUGGAGUACCUAGUUGACAUGUAAUUCAUCAUGUUGAGGAUGAGCAAUGCAAGAAAGAAAAAUAAUUAUUCGCCAAAUCAUGCCUGUCAUUUUCUUUC